GAGAAAACGCUGCUGCUGCUGCUCAGUCACAGUUUAUGCAAAAAGCCUUGACAUGAACCAUUAUUUCCUACUGGAAACUGUCACGUUUAGGGAAAUGGCGUCAAAAGUAACCAGGAACUUCCGUCUCCAGACGAUGCAUUUUAUCCUCCGUUUUAUGUUUUGCCCUUAAGAAACAUGGGCGGACAGCACUUCCUGUUUGGAUAUUUUGCUCUCAAGAAAGAAUGCCUGAGCUUGAUGAUCAAUAAUCCCUGCGCUUAAAUUUGAUGGAUGCCAGGGACAAGCAGGUUCUGCGCUCGUUGCGCCUGGAGCUUUGUGCGGAACUGCUGGUGGAGGGCCUUGUCAUUCAGUACCUUUACCAAGAAGGCAUCCUGACAGAAAGCCACGUGCAAGAAAUAAGGUCCCAAGUCACCAACCACAGGAAAACCAUGAUGCUCCUUGACAUCUUACCUACAAGAGGGCCCAAGGCUUUUGAGUCUUUCCUGGAUUCCUUACAGGAGUUUCCAUGGGUGAGAGAUAAGCUUGAGGCAAAGCGCAAUGAAGUUAUGCUAGUGACACUUGAUGAUGAUGAGAUACCUGGAAUUUCUCAAGAUGCUUUGAAGAGUCCACCAACAGAUCAGCAGAUCAACAAGCUUGCUAGGAGACUUGGACCUGAAUGGGAGUGCAUUGUAUUGUCCCUGGGAUUGACGCAAAAUGACAUUUAUCGUUGUAAAGUCAAUCACUUAUACAAUAUCCAGUCACAGAUUGUGAGUGCAUUCGUUUUAUGGAGGCAGCGUUUUGGGAACAAAGCUACCGUGGAGAGCCUGUGUACUGGUUUGAAGUCAGGAGAAGUGGAUUCUUCUGUGAUCCAGCAGAUGUUCCAGUGAACCCCUUGUGUGACUGGAGGCUCAAAAGCCCCCCUCUGUAUGAAAUUGAAUCCAACAUGUUCACAGAACUGCAAACCGGAAAACAUCUGGUGUGCUUCAGUCCCUUUUGAAA